AUGUCGUCGUACGAGAAUUCGGAAGAGGAUCGCCGCGAAAAGAUCGAACCGCAGGAGACGUACACGGUUCAGGUCGAGAUUCCCGAUGAGCCUGACGUGAGUUUUUGAAAUUGCAGUGAAACUGUAUAUUUGAAGUUUUUAUGUUGGUUAUUCUGACCGUGACCCACUUUUGACUUUCUGAUUUAAAGGUCCCAGAGGUUUUUUCUAAGAUUUCUCCAUUCAAAGAGUAUUCAUUUGAAAGAUAAGAACGACUCAGAUUUUCCUUUAAAGUUACUCGGGUUUCCAGAGGUUAUUGUUGAUUAACAUUUACGCUGUGAGAAGGUAAAACGGUUUAACUUCAGUCUUUAAAAAAUAUCGAUUUAUGGGAUUAGGAAUUUUAGGAAUUUUCCCUAACAUAUUUUCUUUUUGUACUUUCUAAUUUGAAAAGGUUUCUGCUUCAGUUUAUCUUUUACCAGAAGCGUGGCUUGACCAUGAAAAUAAAUCAGAUUUACGAAACUCACCUUAUUCAGUUUUUUUUUUCUUUUUUCUUUACCUGUGUACUAUUUUCAUUUCCCACUUGCAAUCUUUUCGAAGAGGAUUUCUUGAUUUUAAGAGUGUUACUAAUUCCUUGAAAAGUGAACCUUUUUAUAGAAGAAAAGCUAUUUUUUUGAAUUUAUUUCUUUAUAAAUAUUCUCAUUUCUGUUUCAAGUCUCAAUGGCUUUAAUUAUAAAAACGUUCGCCUUUAUUGAGAGAUCUCGAACCACAGUGUGACAUUUAGAACAGUUUUGCCAUUUCAGAAGCUCUUCAGCUUCCACAAACUAUGGAUGUUCACCGGUCCAGGUUUCCUGAUGAGUAUCGCCUACCUGGAUCCCGGAAACAUCGAGAGCGACCUCCAAUCCGGCGCCGUCGCUCAGUUCAAACUCAUUUGGGUGCUCCUGGCGGCUCACAUCCUCGGACUUUUGCUUCAAAGACUCGCCGCCAGAAUUGGCGUCGUCUCAGGAAAACACAUGGCUGAGGUCCGAUCGUCCUGAUUUUUGGAUGUAAAUUCAACAUUCAGGUCUCCUACUCCUACUACGGUCGCGUUCCUCGUCUCAUUCUGUGGAUUAUGGUGGAAAUCGCGAUUAUCAGUUCGGAUAUGCAAGAGGUCAUUGGCACCGCCAUCUCCUUCUUCUUGUUGUCCAAUGGAGCGUAAGUUUUGUUGAUAAAUUGGCCUUGUGACUUUUAUCGCCGUCAAAAAAUUGUCUUGUGGUGAGGUUGGGUGGUGCAAUCUGUUGAAAAAUGAGUUGAUUUUCUUAUCGAAUAUAUCAUGAGAUAAAAAAAAUGAACUGACAAGUCACAAAAACGGAUUAUUUUAUUGUGGCUCCUGCUCCAAGAAGCAACGAUCAUUUUCUGAUUAUUUUCGAUCCGAACAGCUUUUGUCAUUCUUAUGUGGUACCACUUAUCGAAAAAAGAGCAAAAAGAGACAGUCUGGUAUAGGCUGAUAACACUGCCAGCAAGAAUUCACCAACGAGGUACAAAGAACAGAAGAGAGUGGAAAAGUGAGAAUUAUUUAAGAAAAGACUUUGUUCUUUUUGUAGGAUUCCUCUAUGGGCCGGCGUUCUCAUCACAAUCUGCGACACGUUCACUUUCCUGUUUCUCGAAAAGUAUGGAGUCAGGAAGUUCGAAGCGUUCUUCUGCUUUCUCAUCACCUGCAUGGCUGUCACCUUCGGCUACGAGUUCGGCCGCAGCAAGCCUGAUGCGGUUGGUUUUUGGAGUUUCGAUGGAGAGCCAGCUUAUUUUUUGUUCAAUUUAAAAUUACUUUUGGGAAAAAGAGAGAAAACUAAAAAUAUUUCAGGGCAAAAUGUUCACAGGAAUGUUCUUACCCUGGUGCACCAACUGCGGGACGGACCAGAUUCUGAUGGCGGUCGGAGUGAUCGGAGCGGUUGUCAUGCCACAUAACUUCUACCUUCAUUCGGCUCUUGUCAAAGUCCGUUUAUUAUUAAUCAUCCUACACGAUAUAGUUGAUAUCGAACAACAGCUGGAAAAAGAUAAGAAAAUGGAGCCAAUAGUUCACUGAAAACGUCCUAGAUAAGGCUAAUUUGAUCUUUUGGAAAUUUCAACUAGUAGAAAUAUUUCCAAAAAAACAGAUUUUAAGAAGCAGAAAGAUGUUUUCAGAGCAGAAAAGUGGACCGACGACGGAAGGACAAGGUCGACGAGGCCAAUAAGUACUUUUUCAUCGAAAGUGGAGUCGCCUUGUUCUGUUCUUUCUGGAUCAACAUGCUCGUUGUCGCCGUUUUCGCUCAAGGCCUGUAUGGAAAAGACCAAUCAAGACAUUGUAAGUUAACACUUACACUGGUUAGUAAAAAUAAAUAAGAAAAAGCAGUAGUUACUCGGGACCGGGAAAAGUUCGAUAAAAAUCCUGACACAAGGAAAUAA